CACGUUCGCCUCGGUCUCGUCCCCUCUUGCCCUUUUAAGGCGACAGGGAUUUGUGCCUCCAGCGUCAUCGCCCAGGCGCAGCCUCUUCCCUCACUACAGCUUAGCUUAGCAAGUCUUCUUCAUUCUCUACUUGAUUCCUCAUUAUUGCCAAUUUUGAGCUUGAAUUAGCACUGGGUUUUACGCAGUCGGUGCAGCUUCCAGGUUCUGGAAAGGUUGGCUGUUUUUCUAGGUUUGUUGCAGCUGGGUUUGGUUGCGUUCCAUUGGGGUGAGAAUCCAUUGGUGGGAUGGCUAUGCUUGGAGCUGUUCGAGGCGCGACUGUAUUUAGCGUCUUAAACCAGAGCCCUAUCAAUGUUGGGCCAUCGUCGACGCGAAAGGUCGGUGGAUUGAAAGUUCUGAUGACUGCGACACUUCCACAAAAGUCCAAGGGAGCUAUUGUAAGUAAGCAACCAUUGGAGAAGCACUCCAAUAUCAUGCACUCUAUCACACCAGAGAGGUUGGAGUUUUUCAAGUCCCUUGAAGGCUGGGCCUCUAAUACUCUUCUCCCUUAUUUGAAGCCUGUGGAGAAGUGCUGGCAGCCACAAGAUUUUCUCCCAGAUCCGUCUGCGGAGGACUUCUUGGACCAAGUUCGGGAGCUUCGGGAGAGAUCUGCGUGCUUGCCUGAUGAUUAUUUGGUGUGCUUGGUUGGCGACAUGAUCACUGAGGAGGCUCUGCCGACGUACCAGACCAUGUUGAACACUCUAGAUGGAAGCCGCGACGACACGGGUGCUAGUCCCACUCCUUGGGGUGUGUGGACUCGUGCAUGGACCGCAGAAGAGAAUCGUCACGGAGAUCUGCUGAACAAGUAUUUGUACUUGACAGGGCGAGUGGACAUGAGACAAGUCGAGAAGACAACCCAGUACUUGAUUGGAUCUGGCAUGGACCCCCAAACCGAGAACAACCCUUACUUGGGUUUUGUUUACACGUCUUUUCAGGAGAGAGCAACUUUCAUAUCGCAUGGUAACACUGCACGGCAUGCGAAGGAGCAUGGGGAUGCAAAGCUUGCGACGAUUUGUGGGAUCAUUGCUGCAGAUGAGAGAAGGCACGAGAAUGCGUACACAAAGAUCGUGGAGAAGCUGUUUGAGUUGGACCCGGAUGGCGCAAUGCUAGCAUUCGCUGACAUGAUGAGAAAAAAAAUAUCGAUGCCAGCACAUCUAAUGUACGAUGGUGAGAAUGGGCACCUUUUCGAUGACUUCUCAUUGGUUGCUCAGAGAACGGGUGUAUACACUGCGAGGGAUUACGCGGACAUCAUGGAACACUUGGUGAAGAGGUGGGAUGUUCCGCACAUAAAAGGACUGUCAAGCGAGGGCGAGGCUGCGCAACAGUAUGUGUGCUCACUGCCUCCUCGAAUCAGGAGACUGGACGAACGCGCACAAGCGAAGUUGAAGAAAGCUCCGAGGACAGGGAGCUUCAGCUGGAUCUUCAACAGAGAGGUCGCUCUGUUGUAGACGCCGUUGCGGAGGGCUUUGUAAACAUGCUAUUUCACCGCAAAUCAAGGUAGAGUUGGCGAAAUGUAUUCAAGGAUUGCAUUUUUCACACGUGUUUCAACAUACUGAAGAUUUUGCAAGCGACAGUGUGGACGGAGUGAGCAGCUUUUUGACUGGCGUGAUCAGGGUUCAGGUAAGAAACUUCGAAGUAUUCACGAUUAUGUCUUUUAGUUUGAAUGACCUAAGUCACAGGUUGGGUUCAGAUACGAUAUUAGUUCUGCAGAGUUUCACCUUUCUGACUUGAGAACUCUAAAGGUACAUUGUCCAAUACCUUAUGCACAGGAUGAUUGACUCACAUAAGCAUGCCACACCAAUGAGAUCAUUGGCAUUGUGUGAUUGAUUAUGAGCACUAACAGACGCUUGCUGUCGAGUAUAUAAGAGUAAACAUGGCCAUACACAACCCAUCAUAUGUUCCGUGACAAUGAUGGAUCAGAAAUUUGUGAAAAUUGUGUACCCAUCACAGAACAGCACUUUUGGACUUAGAGCUUGUUUGAUGCCUCACAAUUGUCACUUAACUGUCACGGUUGUCACGUAACGUUUGCAGCCGUUGUGCUAUCUAUCUACUCCAUUUUGUU